AUGCAGCUAUAUCACCAUCCAUACUCCCUGGAUAGCCAGAAGGUCAGACUAGCUUUGGAAGAGAAGGGCAUUGAUUACACUUCUCACCAUGUCAACCCUAUAACCGCCAAGAACAUGGAUGCCUCAUUCUUCAGGAUGAAUUCAAGCGCAAAACUCCCUGUUUUCCAGAAUGGCUCUCACAUCAUUUUCAACACUAUCGAAAUAAUCCAGUACGUCGAAAGAAUUGCAGCUGUCUCUUUGGGUGCUGAUGACACCUCCUUUAGAAGCAGAGAAGUUGUUGAAUGGAUGCACAAGAUACAAGAGUGGAACGCCAAGUAUUUCACACUUUCCCAUGUACCUGAGAAGUACCGCAUCUCUGUUUCCAAAUUCAUAAGACGAGUGAUCAUAGCUCGGAUGGCUGAAUCUCCUGAACUAGCCAGCGCUUAUCACUGUAAGCUAAAAGAUGCGUACGAAACGGAAGACAAGUUGAAAAACCCAGAAGCUUUGAAACGGAGCAAAGAGCAUCUUGUUAGACUUCUUGAUGAAGUUGAAACCAAGCUAAAGGAAACGGCAUAUUUAGCAGGGGGAGAGUUCUCAAUGGCAGACGUAACGCUGAUCCCUGUUCUGGCUCGCUUGGUCCUCUUGAAUUUGGAAGAUGAAUACAUAAGCAGCAGGCCAAAUAUUGCUGAGUACUGGGUUUUGAUGCAGCAAAGGCCUAGUUAUAAAAAGGUGAUUGGAAAGUAUUUCAGUGGCUGGAGAAAAUACAAAACGCUAAUGAAAACCUGGUACUUUGUUCGUUUCAGAAGUUUGUUGAGGAGGUUGAAAAGGAAAAAUUGGGGACGUAUCCCUAUUCCUGAGUGCAAGAGGGGUGUUGAGAGCAACUGUAUCAUAGUUUUUGACUUUGUAAUUACUAUAUAUAUAUUAUUCCGAAGUGGUUGUGCCAAGGACAGAACACUCGUCAAGGUCUGUAAGCGUGGGUGUGGCAAUGACUCCAGCAAGGAAACAGGAAGAAUCAUGCUUUGUUUUGAUCAUUGA